AUGAGGAGCUUCUUUAAUAUUGCGGCCUUUACUGCCGGUGCCCAGGCUCUUGUCCCUCGUGGUAGCAGCUGCUGCUUCCAUUUAACCGCCUCCGGUGGUUCAUCUGGUCCUGUUGGACAACUUAGUGAUGGGCAGAACCGUAUCGGUGACAAUAGUCUGUCCCCUGCGCAGUUUUGUAUCGACUCUGGUUCUAUCACUGAUGGAAGCGGUCGUGGUUGCAUCCUCACACCACCCACUACCCAAUUCCAAUGUGACGUGGGUGCCACUCCUACUCCAGGAUUCUCUAUCAAUUCCUCUGGCAUGCUGGAGUUCCAGGGCAACACCAACUUUAUUGCCUGCGAGACUGGUCAGAACGGUGGCUUGAACAUCCAUACCACCGCAAGCUCCGCUCUCAGCCAGUGCAAGACUAUCCAAUUGACGGCCGACUCGUGCGUACCUCCUGCACCAACUACCCCCGCUCAACCACCCCCAGCCGCGACCACCUCGGCUGCUAGUAACGGAUGUGGCACUACGUUGAACUCGGGACAAUUUGAAUUCCCUCACUUGAUCAUCCCCAUUGACUCGUCCUCUCCCAACACUGCCUUUGGGACCCAGUUCAAUGGCAAGGUGACAUCGUCCGUGUCGAGCAUCUUCAACUUUGAUAUUCCCCGGUCAGACUCGGGCAAGACCUGCAGCUUGGUCUUCCUGUUCCCGAAACAGGCAGAUCUUCAGACCUCGUCCUUUACCUUUAGUGGUGAUGGUAAGAUUGAUUUUGCUGCGUUGUCCCAGGCUGCCACUAGCUCCACUACCUUCAACAAUGCUCCUUCUGUCUCCAAGGAUCUCGGCACAAUCACUGUCUCGCCUGGCAACUCAUUUGUUGUCUCCACCUUCUCUUGCCCGGCUGGUCAGACCGUGGCUUUUGAGAUGAAGAAUGCUGGAAGCACUAGUCUCGAAUUCUUCGAAGACUUCAACCCCUCUCCCAUUGGUCUUUUCAUCACGGUUUGCUAA